CCCCUGCGCCCUUCCUCUGAACCUUAGAUGCCCCUUGCUCCCACCUAACCCAAAUAAUUGUCAUGUACUUGACUUGAUCCUGGUGGCAUUUCAUGGGCUCAAACCCCUAACCACAUUCUUCCCAGUUACCGGUUUCUAGGCAUCCAAGUACUGUCCAAGUACUGACUCCCGUGUGCCGCAGUUAGCCUUUUUAGCGAAAGAUUCCAUCUGCGCGUCCCUUCAUCGUUUCAUGAGCAGUCAGUCGUUGCUGGCUGAAAACUGGCCAGCGAUGCCGAUGGUCUUCAUAACUCUGACGAACACCUCUCACCCCCCGCGUGUAUCUAAGUACGCAAGUGACAUUUGCAGCGUUGUUUUCAUCUCCCUAAGCUGCCCGAAAGCAUCGGGAAAGGUUGGCGCACGUCUGGUGGGCGGGGGGGCAGCUCCACACCAGCGCCGGCACAUGGCGACUGUGUGACUCCGCAAAGCACGCUGUCGAGCUUAAAGGAGGCGUGAAAAUUCUGACAAAACGCCGAUGUCACAUGUCGCGGGUGAAUAAUAUUCCGUCGGGAUGUGAUCGACCAUCUUUUUCAGCGACGUUUUGUGCGGCCGUAAUUCGGCUGAUACUACAGUAGCAUAGCUGACCGGCUUCGGCUGGUAACUUAAAGCUCAAGGCACAGCAGGGACGAGAGAGUAAACCGAGAGCGACCGAAAUGUCUGCUCAACGCAAGAACGCGAUAAGCGUUGUCAAGGCAGACGCGAGGUCAAGGCUCGAGGCUGCAAUUGAUGAGAAUGACGAACAGGCUUACGACGAGGCGCUACUCGGAGCUGCGAAUGGAGGUGUCGAGGGUAAUGGCUUUGCCCGCCAGUCGGCUGGCGCGGGUGCACGCACCACGUCCGGUCGCAACUCCAUCACUGGCGACCGCACCCUGUCGCGCGGCUCCAUCCUCUCCGUGGCCCCCAAGUGGUUUGUGCGUGACUACAUGGCCCUGAAGGAGAUUGUCUUCAGCAGCUACAUCAACCUGAUGCUGCUGUGUGCGCCACUGGGCUGGGCCAGCGCCUACUUCAAGUGGGGCGCGGUGGCCACCUUCUCCCUCAACUUCCUGGCGCUCAUCCCGCUGGCACUUAUCCUGGGCGACAUCACUGAGGACCUGGCGGUGCGCUUCGGCGACGUGGUGGGCGGCCUCAUCAACGCCACCUUUGGCAACGUUGUGGAGGUCAUGGUGUCCUUGUUCGCGCUGUUCAAGAACCUGUUCACGGUGGUGGCGGCCUCGCUGCUGGGCUCCAUCCUGUCCAACCUGCUGCUGGUUAUGGGCUGCUCCUUCCUGCUGGGUGGCAUGUACCACAGCGUGCAGACCUUCAAUGCCAUGAGCAACCGCGCCUGCUCGUCCCUGCUCAUGCUGGCCUGCAUUGGCAUCUCCAUCCCCUCGGCCGCCUCCAUGCUGCUGGUGACCGACCCCGCUCUGCGCGCCGACUGGAUCCUGGACGUGUCGCGCGGCACCGCCGUCAUUAUGCUAAUCUGCUACGCCUGCUACCUGACGUUCCAGCUGAAGACGCACAGCGAGCUGUUCAAGGGCGAUGACGACGACGCCGUGCCCAUGAUGACUGUGGGCACCUCCAUUGGCGCACUGACCGUUAUCACCGCCAUCGUGGCCGUGUGUUCCGAAUUCCUAACUGACAGCAUUGAGGAGGUGUCGGCUCACACCGGCAUCAGCGAAACCUUCAUCGGCCUGAUUUUGCUGCCCAUUGCGGGUAACGCGUGCGAGCACCUCACUGCUUGUAUCGUGGCAAUGCGCAACAAAAUGGACCUCUCCAUGGGCGUUGCUGUGGGCUCGUCCAUCCAGAUUGCGCUGUUCGCCAUCCCCUUCGCGGUGGUGGUGGGCUGGGCCACCGGCCACGACUUCAGCCUGGACUUCUCGCCCUUCAGCGCCAUGGUGCUGGCAGUGUGCGUCAUCCAUGCGAACUUCGUGACGGCGGACGCCACUAGCCACUGGCUGCUGGGCGUGCAGCUGAUUGCGCUGUACUGCGUUAUUGCUGUUGCCUACUUCUACCGCUAAGCCUCUGACUAGCGCUGGGCCAAAGAGCGUGCGUCGAUGAGGUGCAUAGUUGAGUGCCGUUCGGUCGGUGACAACCGGCUUGUGCUACGUACGCCUGGCGUGAGUAUGACCAUGUCGUGAUAAGUCUUGUAGCGGUACAUAAUAAUCCACGGCUUUUGAGGAGAGUGCAUUGUUCGCGUGUGGGGACGCCACGUUGGCGAGAGCUCGGAUGGCCCUAUUACACCAUGGGGCAUGCCGCACCCGUGGAGGGCACCUGUAAUGACAGAUGGGGUAUCUCUGGCGGCCGGCCAGCCCAGCGGCUGCAGUUCAUGGGCUAUCGGUGGUAUGAGGAAGAGGAUACAGGCAGUUAUUGAACGCCGGACAAGUUGGUUACCGGAAGGUGUUGGAUCAGGCUAACCUAUGUGGGACCUGGAUGGCUGGAUGAGCCAGGUGAACGCGAGAGCCUGGGAGAGGCAGCAUCGCUUUGUGGCAUCGGCACGGGGUGUUUGAUCCUUGUAUGCAAUAUCUCAUUGGUAACGGGCGUGAUGUCAAAGAUGUCGAGGCUGGCCCUUUGCUGAGCGUGGUGAGGGUGCGGGAAUGUGCUUCACCGCUUGACACAAUGCAUGCGCGCGAGUCAACGCAAAUAGUUGUCAGAGCUUAUUUUAAGACGUGAGUGUGUAAACUGUCUGUCAUAUGGGAUUAUCGGCUGGCCUGUUGGGGCGCGGGAAGGCUGGGUGCUGGAGGGGUUCACGCUGACACGGGACACGCCAGUUCCCCAAUGGGGGAUGUUGCACGAGUAGCAAACCCAUGCACAGCAAAGACCUGUAAGUUGGUAAGCUCGUUGUAAGCUCGAACACAU